AUGGUCUUCUCCACUCCCGAAACUCCUCAUACCGCCGAUUCCGACACGGCGGCGAAGACCCCGUCCACCGGCCUCCGCCGCUCCGUUACAGCUCUGGCCGUUUUCUGCGCCAAAAAAGCCGCCCUAGUCACCAAGAAGCUUAAAUUGAAGCCGAGUCACCACCACCCGAGUCACCCGAGUCCGAAGUCGCCGUUGGCUUGCCCGAAGAAGAUGCUGAAGACAAUCAGCCAAUCGGCGAUGAGUUUGGUUCAGAAGAAAAAGACCGGCCGACGGGAAGAGGAGGAAGACGAAGAAGAAGAAGAGUGGGGCCAGGGUGGGGUAUGGCAAAGGGGGAUCUUGAUGGGCGACAAAUGUCAACCGUUGGAAUUUUCGGGUGCAAUUUAUUACGAUAGUAACGGCAACAAGAUGAACGAGCCCCCUCUCCGUUCGCCACGUGCCAGUCCUUUACCCGGUUACCUCCUCAGAAAACCCUGA